UCUGUCUGUCACAGUAUUGUAUUUGUAUUCCUUGAUCAAUUUUACCCAAUUUUUAAAUUAACAUUUUUUACAAUGGAAAUAAAACAAGAAAAUUGUUUUUCAUUUUCUGAAAUUGAAUUUAAAACAGAUGUCCACGAGGAUAAACCGGAUAUCGUAAACAUUGCAGAUUUUAUUAAAAAUGAACCUGUGGAAGAUUUGUCUAAUGAAGUAACUGAGGGGGAUGACAAUAUCAAUAUAAGGACCAACCAUAUAAACACAGAAUUAUUCAUUGAUGAUGUGAAAUAUGAGCUAAAUAAUGAUUAUCAUCUAGAAGAUACGAAAGGCGUUAAAUUGGAACAAAUUGAAGAAGGAAGUUCAAAAGAUAUGGAUUAUGAAAAGGAGACUCAAAGAUUAUUAAAAUUAUUUGAGGAAGUAUUAACUGACGAGGAAACUUAUGAAGAUAAUGAUGAUCAAAGUGAAAUUGACCAUGUAGAAGAACGAUCUGAAUGUAGUGAUACUGAACAAGAAUUUGAAGAAGACGAUCAAACAGAAGAAGAUAAUGUUAGUUUCAGAAGGGAGCCGCACUUUAUGGGUAAAGAUAAACUAACAAAGUGGAUAAAACAUUGUCCACCGAAGAAUGUAAGAACACGCAGUACCAAUAUAUAUGAACGAUUGCCAGCUAUAAAACAAUUUGUUAAAACUCAUUCAACACCUAUUGACAUAUGGAAUUCCAUGUUUGAUGAAGAAAUGCUAAAUCAAGUUGUUAUCUGUACAAAUAUAAAAAUUGAGACUGUUACCAAUGAUUAUACUAGACAAAGAGAUGCGAAACCUACAGACAUUGCCGAAAUCAAAGCCCUAAUUGGUCUCCUUUAUCUUGCUGGUAUUAGAAAAGCAAACCACAUGAAUUUAGAGGAUCUCUGGAGAACAGAUGGCACUGGUAUUGAAACUUUUCGGCUUGUAAUGAGUAAGUCUAGAUUUCAAUUUCUUUUGCAAUGUCUACGAUUUGAUAACAUUCACACAAGACAUGAAAGGAUACAAGCAGAUAAAUUGGCUCCAAUACGAACAUUGCUAGAGAAAUUUAACAGCAACAUUAAAAAAUGCUAUUCUCAUACUGGUUAUGUUACCAUAGAUGAGAAACUAGAAGCUUUUCGAGGAAAAUGCAGUUUCCGGCAAUAUAUUCCUAGCAAACCUAAUAAAUACGGCAUAAAAAUUUUUGCUAUUUCCGAUGCAGAAGAAUUCUAUACCAGCCACUUAGAAGUGUACGUCGGAAAACAACCAAAUGGCCCUUUUGAAGUAAGUACAGCGACUCAAGAUGUAGUAGAAAGGCUUUGUGCACAUAUUUAUGGGAGUAAUAGGAAUGUUACUGUGGAUAAUUGGUUUUGUAGUGUACCUCUAGCUGAUAGUCUUAAAUCAAAAAAAUUAACUUUAGUGGGUACUAUUCGAAAAAAUAAAAAACAGUUGCCGUUAGAAUUUGUUCAAAAUAAUGGCCGGUGCAUUGGCUCUUCAAUGUUUGGUUUUUACGACGGAAUUACCUUAGUUUCGCAUAUUCCAAAAAAAAAUCGAAAUGUUCUACUCAUCUCUACAAUGCACUAUGGAGAUGAUAUUGAUCCUACCACAAAUAAACCUGAGAUGAUAAUUACAUAUAAUGAGACGAAGAGCGGAGUAGAUGUGGUGGAUAAAUUAUGCGCGCAGUAUAAUUGCGCUCGUUCCACAAGACGAUGGCCCAGGGUGCCUUUUUUUAGUGUGUUAAAUGUAGCAGGAAUAAACUCUUUUGUAGUUUAUACUACUCUAAAUGAACAAUCUAAAACACCUCGUAAGGAAUUUCUACUGCAACUCUCGAUGUCACUAACCCGUGACUACCAAAGAGUACGGGCUAUGUCGAAUAACUUACCCAGAACCAUCAGAAUGAGGCUUAGGGAGAUAUGUGGUUUACCAACAGAACAAGUACCAGUCGUAACACCAGGAACUUCAGGUCGCUGUGCUGUUUGUGAUUGGAAGAAAAAUAGAAAAACAAAGUUUUACUGCCAAAUAUGCUCAAAAUAUCUGUGUUUGGAACAUGUGACACCAUUGUGUAUUUCAUGUUUUAAAAACGUUAAUUAAUUUUUAUAACUUUUUUUGUUACUACAAUUACUCUUUAUUUUUAAUUUUUUGUGUAUUGAAUUAAGAUCUAAAGUUCUUAGUAAACAAAUUUAACCAUA